AUGAAGGGUAUUAUCUUGAAAAAAUGCAUUGCUACUGCAACGGGAUGUUCGAAGUGCAAAGCUGAUCAAACAACAUGUCUUUCAUGCACAUCUGGUUAUUAUCUUAAAAGUGGUUCUUGCACAAGAUGUGCAACUGGCUGUUUAUCUUGCAGCGAUGCUAACACUUGUACUGGUUGUAAUGAUGGGUAUUAUCUAAAGGGCAACACAUACACGAAAUGUGGAUUUAAUUGUGUUUCAUGUGAUGCCAAAGGUUGUUCAAAAUGUGACCCAAAUUUUGUUGGAUAUAUUUCUUCUGAAGGUGUGUGUACUGCCUGUAACUCUGCGUAUAAUUGUGCCACGUGUAUCAAAGACACAACAGAUACCAAUGGUGUCAAAUGUUUAACAUGUAAUAAACAAACUAAGAACAAAUACAUGAAUGGUAAUAAAUGUUUGUGA